AGAUGAUUGGUGUUGGCAGAGACAAAACAUGAGUUCGUGACUGAAUACGUUAACUUUGUACCUGAUUGUUACAUAGAGGCUCAUGAUCAUGGCUUCGAUUUCACAACUUUCAGAAGAAGAGAGAAAUUUCACCCGAUUUUUCCUGCUCAACUUUAAAGUAUCACCAGUCAUUACAAGGAGAUACUUUGAUGGAAUAUUUCCACCAGCAUACUUAGAUCAAACUAUUAAUAGAAAUAUGUCUGCCAUUCUCAGUUUAAACAAAUCAAAACGGAUCAAUGCUGUCCAACUAGAUUUACUAAGGGGUGUUCCAGGAACGGUAUGGCCAUCCUAUUUUCCUCCAAUGCCUGUUGGAACAAAUGCUACCUCUUCCAAGGACUUUGAUCUGACAAUGAUGAUAUGUCUGCUGCGUAAUCUAGGAGGUCUUAUAACACCCUCUAAUGGAUGGGACCAACUUCCGCUUCAGAAUGAUACGUUACCGGGAGCGGACUUGGCUACACUGAAGUGGUACAGAAAUCAGAUGGCUCAUGCGACAGUUACUUCUAUUGAUAAUAAUGCAUUCACAGACGAAUGGACUCGAGUGAAAAAGGCAUUGACAUCUUUAAAUAAAGGUCAAAUACCACAUGAGAUCACUGAAAUCUUACAUUAUGAUCUUGAUGGAGAAAAGGCAAAAAUAUUGGCCAUCGCAGAACUAAGGCAACUUACCAAAGAGUACGAAAAGGAAAAGGAACAGAUAGAAAGUGAUUUCUCGUAUUACAGAGAAGGAAAUCUUCCAAAAAAAUUUGCAGAUGCGAAUGAGAAUUUUGUCAAAACAUGGAUUGCAGAUGACGAAAUAUUUUAUGAAACGAAGGGAACAAAACUUGUUUAUGAUGAAAUAAAGGAUUGUAAUUGUAUUUUGGUGACAUCUCAUUCAGGAUUAGGAAAAACAGCAACCAUCCGACAUAUCGCAUUAAAACUUAAACUGGAGAGAUAUGAAAUAGUUGCAGUAGAGUCCCCAGAUGAUAUAAUCAAAUACAAAACAAAUAAGAAACAAGUGUUUCUUAUUGAUGACGUCCUUGGUAAAUAUGAUUUAAGUCCGACCCUGUUGGAAGAAUGGGAAAGAAAAAACGAAAAGCUAAAAAGCUGCUUGGAGACUGAAUUUGGUUCAACCAAAAUAUUGUGUACACUUAUAUUACAAAUAGCUCUCCAUAAAAGAUUUAAAAAUGCAUCGACAAUUUUAAACAAAGUUGUCCUCAAUCUAGAGCACGAAUCUAAUAUUCUUUCAAAAGAGGAAAAACAGAAAAUAUUGAUGAAACACCUUGGGAGAAGUAACUUUGAAAAUGAAAUUAAAACAGAGGAGAUUGAGAAAAUGUGUGAAAAUAAAUAUGCGUUCCCUCUUCUUUGCAAAUUAGUUUCAAAUUCUAAGGAAAGAUUCAAACAAAGAGUUGCAUUCUUUAGGAAACCAUUAUCACUGUUCAGUGAGGAACUUGAUAAAAUGAGUAUUGAAAAUAAGAAGCUUUAUUGCAUUUUAGUGAUAUGCAUGUUGUAUAAUGGUUCAUUUAGUAGACGCAUAUUUGACCUUUACUCGAAAAAAUGUGAUAAGAAAAUAAACAGAAUAAUGCAAACUUGCAGACUUGAAAGCAACAUGUCUAAAAAAGAACUUGAAGAUAGCGCUUGUUCUGCUGUAGGUUCUUAUUUCAUUAGGGACCGUUACAAUUUCAGGUUUAUUCACGAUGCUCUAGAAGAAACUGUCGGUUGCCAUUUCUUUACAUUUGACCCCGCAGUAAUGUUAUCAGAAUGUGAUAUAUCGUUUAUUACACAUCGGAUAAGAGUUCGUCCUAAUGAAAACAGUCCUGAAAUUGUUGGUGAAAAUAUUGUGACUAUUUCGGAAGAUGAAUUGAAUGAGAACCAUCUUGAUCCGUUAUUUAAUAGAUUGAGUGAUGAAUUAUCAAAUGGAAGAUUUUCUUCUUUGUUAAUGAGCGACCUUUUUAAAAACAGAAACUUCGUCCGUUUAUUUGGAACCUCUUUUGAUAAUAAACAUUGCACACUGAAAUCAAAAUAUACUUUAUUAAUGAAGAAUAGUUCCGAGAUCAGUCGUUCUUUUUAUAAAAAAACCUUAGAUAUUUUAUCCAAUGAUAACAAAGAUAACAAAGAUGCCAUUAGUCGAGUUAUAAUGGCAAUAUAUGGCAGACGAACCCUUAUGUAUUGGAUUAUAGCCUACAGUUGCCAUGAAUUCUUUCAGUAUAUAUGGAACAAGAUGACAAAAAUAGAGCGUAAAUGGGUUCUUGGUAGAGAUUAUUUUAACCAAGACUUAGUUAAGUCCUUUUUUCCUCUUGCUGUUCUGAGUGGUAGCUUUGAUAUAGUAAACGAAUUAAUUUGUUCUGGUGCAGAUGUUAACUGCUUUUCCGAAUUUGGGGAAACCCCUUUAUAUAUAGCAGUUAAGUCCGGUUGUUGUAAAAUGAUGCGCUUACUGAUGGAAAAUGGGGCACACGUAAACUUAAGAAGAUGGUUUACAAUGAAUAUACCAAUUUUGGCCGCUUCAAAUAAACCCGAAUUAACCAGUUUGAUCCUGGAAUAUGACUUGAACCAGACAGAGCUUCAUAAAGCAGUCCGACGUGACGACUUAGAAAGUUUGAGAUCAAAACUUCGGUCAGAAGAUAUUGAUUGGAAAACAAAAAGCGGAUGGACAGUCCUACAUUACGCUGUACUGUUAAAUAAUUUACAAGCUGUAGAGGUUUUAUUCCAUGAAGAAUUGGUUCAAAACCAUUAUUCAUAUUUUGACUUUAAGCAAGUUCACAGAGUAAAAGUAAGUACCGCUGACAAUAACGGACUUACUGCUGUCCAUCUAGCAGUUAUAAACAAUAAUAUCGAUAUAUUAUCUAUUCUGCUACGUAAUAAAGCUGAAGUAAUAAUUCGUGAUGAUUUCGAUAGAACACCUUUACAUUACACAACGAGUGGAAUUGCAACAAGAAUGUUGGUAACCCACAGCACUCGGAAACAGUGUUUAGAGAAUACUCGACUCCUAGAGAAGGGAAAAAAGUAUAAUAAAACAUCGAUGUCAGCUUUCAGGACCACGUGUUUUAAUAUCACGCUACAAACUGCUUUGAGGAAUAUGUGUCGUGACUUUGUAAACAUGCCAGACAAAGAGGGUAAUACAGCCUUACAUUCUGUUAUAAAGAGUAACAUUUUAAAAGAGGAAAGUCAUAGCUGUAUAGACACUUUGUUUGAGAAUGGGGCUAAUCCUUUUUUAGUUAAUAACGAUGUCAUUUCAUCAUAUGGGUUAAUUCAAAGUAGUUUUGAUACAGUUAGAUAUAUAAGCUAUAAACAAUCCAUCGAGAGGUAUCAUAAAGUAUUUGCAUUAGUCUUGUUCUUCCUAAUUUUACUGACUUUGGGCGUAGCAGUAUACAUAUGGAUUUCCUCAUUAAUCAUUAAGGAAUUUCAAAAUGAAUGUUUUAUCGUUGGACAAGUUUCCGAAUCUGAUAAUAUAACAUUGUUACAGCUGUCGAGAGGCAUAUAUGUCAUUUUAAUCACUAUACCUUUUUUGUUAGCACUGAGUUCCUCAGUUUUCUUUUGGUGUGUGUUUUUAAUUUUGGAAUUAAUACUAUUAAUAAUAUGUGAUUCUUUCAUUAUACUUGGUAUAUUUGUAUACGUUCCAUUCGAGUACGAACUUGUGUUCAAAACGAUUCUCGCUGUAAUGCUAUGGAAAUUGAUAAUGCACUAUACAAUAGUAGAUCAUCUUAAAACGUUCGUCACGGUGACUCUCAAAGCACUUUCACUCUUUAUAGCAAUACGUUUUGUUUUUCAAUACGGGUCAAAUUUCAAUAUCACGAACAAUUUUAAUACACUUGACAGAACAGCUUUAAAUUGUUCAAAACUCACUAGUAGUUUUGCAAAUAUCUCAUGUACAAGUUUAGCCAAUACUUUAACUUAUAAAAAAGACCCAAAUAGCACAAAUUAUGAUGGAACACUUGCAAUGGAUUCAAGAAUUAUAGACUGGUCAAAAAUAGGCCACAUAUCUUUAUUUUGUAUGUUUUUUUGGUUAAAUGCAGUUUGUUACUUUUGUUUUGUACACUGUAUAUUGAUCAUAUUUAUUUUCAGAUUUGGUAAAAUUCCCUUUUCAUCUAAGCUUACAUAUAGAUUUUUUUUCAAUUUGUCAAUUUAUUUGUAUUGGUAUACAAUCAUGUUUCCGUUCGAGGUGAUAUUGUAGCACACGAAAAGGUCAAUUUCACAAGGAAGUAGUGUACAAAAUGACACUCAAAAAGUCAAAUUUGUAAAACAGUGACUUUUAGUAGUUUUAUGCUAUAUUUUAAUUUUUUUUAUUUCAAUUUCAUUCCAAAUUUUGGGAUUUACUCGAAAGAAACGUGACUAUUUGAGGUCACGACACCGGAAUCAUUGUGAUGAUUAAAAAUUGAUCGAAAAACACUGACUUACUUCAUUCUCAGGGAAGAUUAGUUAUAUAGCUAACUGUGUAACCCUCUUAAAAUAAAGUAUUGUUGUUGUUGUUG